AUGCAGGUGUACUCACGUUUCAACAGAGGCUACCACUACAUACUUACCGUCAUCGAUGUGUUGAGCAAGCACGCUUGGACCGUGCCCCUCAAGAUUAAAGGUGGAAGCGAGACGGCUGACGCUAUCACCGAGAUAAUUCGGGAGAGCGAAAGAUGCCCGAAAAACCUACAAACUGAUAUGGGGAAGGAAUUUUACAACACCUACGUGCAACGACUUUUGAAGAAACAAAACAUCAAUCUCUAUUCCACAUAUUCCAUAAUGAAAGCGUCAGUCGUCGAGCGGUUCAAUCGCACGUUGAAGAACGCCAUGUGGAAGAUGUUUACACUCAAUGGAAGUUACAAGUGGACGGAUUUAUUGUCGCGACUCACAGCCGAGUACAACGCGCGCAAGCAUCGCACCAUCGGUAUGCGACCCGUCGACGUCACCCCCGCGGUUGCCGACAGGCUUCUGAAAACGGUGUACAACCACAUAAAAAUCGCCGGUCGGCAAAGUUCAAAGUGGGCGACGCGGUACGCGUUAGCAGAUACAAGACGAUAUUCGAGAAGGGUUAUACGCCAAAUUGGACCACCGAGUUACAUCGAGAUUGCGAUAGGAAAUCAUCGUAGAAACGAACUCGUACUGUCUCCCGAAACGUGGAGGGCACUCUGCGAGCAACGAUCUAACGUUGAGAAAUAUCUUGGCAAUCAGCAGUGCACGGAUACGUCAUAUUCUAUUGUCGUUGGACCGCUGACGGUGCGAUUUAGCACUCUUGAUAACAUCACGCUUAUACAUCUGGAAGCAUCCAACGUACACUUGGCGAUGACUGCUUCCACAUUCUUCAACAUGCUUAACUUCGAUCGAUGUAUCGAUUUAAUGUUCGCGCGAUUGAUUGGCGUCAUUGAUAGAGUCGACGCACAGUUUCACAAUUUUUCUAAUAUCAUGACCACCGUAUCGAAUAAUAAAAAUGUAUCGAAAAUAAUACGCGAUAGCGAGUGCUUCCAUAAAAACCAACUUGUGGAUUGUGAACUGCUAGCUUUAGUAUUUAAUUAAAAAUGUAUAAAAACAAAUAAAGCACUGUCUACAGAAUAAUUAUGCUUUUUUCAAAUACCCAUCCCACAUCUACGAAACGUCUAAAAAAUUUUGGGGGUAAAAAUAUAUAACUUG